AGUUGGGGAUGCAUGUGCCUCCCCAGGACAGGCGUUCAUCGGCCUCCUCUUGGCUUUCAGGGUCCUCUGCCUGGCCUGUGGAGAGCAGACCCCGCGUGGGGUGCUGCAGGAGCGCUUCGAAGCCCUGAACCCCACCUGGAGGGCCGAGGCCCACGGCCUGGCUCCCGACGGCGACGUCUUUCUCACGGAGGAGCAGGUGCAGAGCUUUCGGGUCCCCCCCUGCGCUCGCUGCGGAGGCCCCCUGAAACCAGAUGUCGUUUUCUUCGGGGACACAGUGAACCCCGACAAGGUCGACUUUGUGCACAGGCGCGUCAAAGAAGCCGACUCUCUCUUGGUGGUGGGAUCGUCCUUACAGGUGUACUCUGGUUACAGGUUUAUCCUCACUGCCCGGGAGAAGAAGUUACCAAUUGCGAUACUGAACAUCGGGCCCACGCGGUCGGACCACUUGGCCUGCCUGAAGCUGGAUUCUCGGUGUGGGGAGCUGCUGCCUUUAAUAGACCCACAGUGACCACGGCCUGAUGUUCCUGAGCCAGAGCUGGGACUUUUGCGUGUAUCCAGCUGCUAAAGGUAAAUGCCUUCUCAGAUACACAAUUCCAGUUCCCAUUCAUCUGAGAGCACUGACAAAAUAUAGAAGGUUCUAGGCUUCUUUUUUUUU